AUGCGGGUGAAGCGGCAGCGGGAGGUGCGGCGCCAUGUGCGCUUCUACCGCACGAGCUGCGGCUUCCGCGAGCCGUUCAAGGCCGUCGCGGACGGCACGUUUCUGCACCACGUCACGCGCCUCCGCCUCUCGCCGCUCGCCACGUCGCUUCCCAAGCUGCUCGGCUUUCCGACACGUCCGACAUCCCCCUCAUCCCUCUCAGAGAGAGAGGGAGACGCCCCCGCUCUCAUUUCCCUGCCUCACUGUGCUCCAUCCGAUCAUCUCCCUGCCUCCCACCCCCCCGAUGAUCCUCUUCUCCCCUCAAAAGGCGUGCAGGUGGCACAUUGGCAGAGCUACAGCGCUAGGUGGGCGCCUUUUGAGGCGCCUCAAAAGGCGCGCAGGUGGCACUCUGGUGGAGCUGCAGCGCCUGGGGGGCGCCUUCAAGGCCUCCUCUCCUCUCUCUCUUCGUGGAAAGACUUGCCGCUGGCCCCCAUUGUAGCUUUCGAGUCGACUCAAAAGUCACCUGGUGGGCGGGGCGGCUUCAAGGCCUUCUCUCCUCUCCAUGACAACAUGUUCCGCCUGCUCCCCUCUCAUUCCCCUCUCAUUCCCCUCUCAUUCCCCUGCUCCUCCCCCCUUCCCCUCCUCUCACUCUCCCCCCUUCCCCUCCUCUCACUCUCCCCCCUUCCCCUCCUCUCACUCUCCCCCCUCCCCCCUCCUCUCUUUCCGGCAGGUGCAUUUUGGCGGAGCUGCAGCGCCUGGGGGAUGCCUUCAAGGACACGCGCUUUGCUGCCCGCCAGCUGGAGGUUGCCAGCAUCGCAGUACAUCCAGCACCUCGUGGCAGGUGGUUACAGGUGCGCACAUGAGGGCGACGAGGCAGUGACGGCAUCGUCACUUACCACCAUUCUCCCUUACCCAACCAGGUGCUCACACGAAGGAGAGGAGGCAGUGACGGCAUCGCAGUGCAUACAGCACCUCGUGUCGGGUGGUAACCACCAGCACUUCUUUGUUGCCUCACAGGACAUUGAAUUCAAGAAGCUUCUCAAGAAGGUGCCAGCAGUGCCAAUCAUCUCAGCCAAUGGGACGUCAAUCUCUCUGGAACCGCCCUCCCCUCUCGACCUCUCACUCUCUCGUUUUUCCCUUUUUCUACAAGCACUGUUCUCUUCGCCCGCACAUCUCCCUCCUCGCCAGGUGCCAGCUGUACCAAUCAUCUCAGCCAAUGGGACGUCAAUCUCUCUGGAACCGCCCUCCCCUCUCGACCUCUCCCUUUCCAAGAAAUCCGAAUCUGCCCGGCUCGGGCUGCCCGAGCAUGAGCAGCAGCAGCUGCUGCUGGCGCGGGCAGCCAAGCGAAAGAAAAGAAUCGAGGAGACACAGAAGGGUCUUGUAGCGACCGUUGUGGACAGAGGGUUGGCAAGGCAGCAGGGCAGUGUUGCGGGGAGCGAGAAAGAAGCAGCGACUGGAGGAGAGACAGGAGGCGAGGGGGAGGGUGUUGCAGGGAGUGAGAGAGAAGGGAGUGGUGGGGCAGAUGGUGCAGGGGCGGAGGAGGGGGGCGGGGAGGCGGGAGGGGUGAAUCUGAAUGCAGAUGCGUAUGGGUAUGGAUAUGAUUCGGAGGAGGAGGGAGAGGAGAGGAAGCCGGAGUGGAAGCGGCUGGGGUAUGUGAAGGACCGGGCCAAGUUUAAGCGGAAACGGGUGAAGGGACCCAAUCCGCUGUCAUGCAAGAAGAAGGCCCGCCCAACAACAGGAGCAGCAAGUGAAAGGAAGAGACAAGGGGAGGAGGGAGAAGGGGCACGAAAGAGGCCGAGGAGACGGCGGAAGGGAGGCCAGGGGGGGGAGGGAGGUGCGGUGGAUGGUGGCGGUGAGUAG